AUGGCUUCUAACAAGAUUGUUAAGCAAGCUGGCGCCCCAGCUGCCGAUGAGUUCGAACUCUCUGUUGCUCAAGCUCUCGUUGACUUGGAAAGCAGCGUCCCUGACUUGAAGGGUCUCCGUGCUCUCCAAAUUGCUGCUGCUAAGGAGGUCGAACUCCCUGCUGGUAAGAAGGCUAUCGUCAUCUUCGUCCCUGUUCCUGCUCUUGCCGGCUUCCACAAGAUCCAAGCUCGUCUUACUCGUGAACUUGAGAAGAAGUUCUCUGACCGCCACGUUGUCUUUGUUGCUCAACGUCGUAUCUUGGCCGUUCCUGGUCGUCGUAGCCAAGGUAAGCAACCUCGUCCCAGAUCUCGUACUUUGACUGCUGUCCACGAUGCUAUCUUGGAUGACCUCGUCUUCCCUACUGAAAUUGUUGGUAAGAGACUUCGUCAAAAGGUUGAUGGUUCCAAGCAACUCAAGGUCUUCCUUGAUGCUAAGGACGCUACUUCUCUUGAAUACAAGCUUGACACUUUCUCUGCUGUCUACAAGAAGCUUACCGGCAAGAAUGUUGUUUUCGAAUUCCCUGCUAAUGCUGAGUUCUAA